AACUGAUUCAGCUGUGGAUUGCCGAAGGUUUCAUCCAAACAUUGGAUGGUGAUAUGCGUGGAGAGGAAGUUGGCAACCGAUACUUCAACAGCUUGUUGUGGAGAUCCUUUUUUCAGAAUAUCGAGAAUGAUACGUCUGACAACAUAUGGUCGUGUAAGAUGCAUGACUUAGUCCAUGAUCUUGCAUGUUCUGUCGCCAGAGAUGAGUCCUGGAUCAUGACGGUGCACAUGGAGAGAAGCAUUCCGCCAGGAUGUCGCUAUUCGUCAGUUGUUUAUGACCAUACCAUGUCGUUAACAACUUUAAAGGCCGUUUUUGCAAGCAAGAAGUUGAGAUCACUUAUUUCAAUUAGUCAAUGGACUGCGUUUUUUCCUUUUGAAAAAUUUGUCUUCUAUGCGAUGUCAUCUCUUGCUCUUCUGCGCGCAUUAGAUCUAUCUGGACUUUGCAUCAAAGAGUUGCCCUGCACAAUUAGUAAAUUAAAGCAUCUUAGGCUCCUUGACUUGUCGAAUACUGCAAUUGAAGCUUUACCUGGCUCGAUUACGGACCUUCAUAACUUGCGGACUUUGAACCUCAAAUGUUGUUAUCUACUAAAAAGUUUGCCUGAGGGAAUCAGUAAUAUGAGCAGCCUCAGACACCUAGACAUCAGCGGAUGCGACACAUUUAUUUGCAUGCCCCGUUGGUUGGGCCGGUUGAGCAACCUCCAAACAAUGACCAUGUUCAUCGCGGGCAAAGAGCAGGGACGUAGUAUUUCCGAGUUGGAGCAGCUAAAUUUGGUCGGUGGUGAUCUAGAAAUCAACAGCCUUGCCAACGUACAAGAUCCAAUGGAAGCCACGAAAGCGAACUUGGCAACAAAGAUAAAGCUGCGUUCGUUGGAAUUGAUGUGGAGUAGGGUCUCAUACGAAGCAUUGGCAGCACCCCGUGUAGCAGUGGUGGAAGAAGUACUUGAGAGGCUCCAGCCUCACUCUAAUCUAAAAUGGCUAUUAAUAAUGUGCUAUCCAGGCAUCAGGUUCCCAACUUGGAUGACUGGAGUGGAGCUGGCAUCGUCACCGAUCCGCAAUCUAGUUGAAAUCACACUAAGCCAGCUCAAGAGAUGCGAGAGUCUUCCGGCGCUUGGUCACCUGCCGUUUCUUCGCUCAAUCCGUAUAUCUGACAUGAAUGCUAGAAAGAGAAUCGGAGUGGAGUUUUAUGGGAAUGGCGGCAUAUUUCCCUCACUGCGAUAUCUCCGUAUGCUAAGGCUGCCUGAAUUGGAGGAAUGGCCUCCAGAAGCAACGGCAACAGAUGAACGAGUGAUGCCAUUCCCUUGCCUUGAAACUUUUAGUCUAUAUGAAUGCCCCAAAUUGAAGGUAGCACCACGUGUCCCACCAUCAGUCGAGAAGGUUUCUAUCAUGGGUAAUCUUCCUCUAUUAUCAGCACUGAGCACUGGAGGAUUGUACAAAAUGAGAAGCUUGACUAUCAAGAAUUUUGAAGCGCUAUCGUUGUCGUCCGGGUGGGAGUUGAUGCAGGACCUUACCGCCCUUUCUACGUUGACGAUUUUUGAUGAAAGGGAGCUGACCUGUUUGCCCGAGGGCAUUUUGCAGCUACGCAUGCCCUCCCUCAAAAGCUUUCACUUGGAAUGUUGGAGCCUGAAGUCCAUGUCGGGAGAAGAGAGGGAUAAGCAACAGCAGCCUCCCACCUUCUUCAUGAACAUCCCAGAAAUAGAAAUAGUAAAUAAUUGGGAAUUGACUGCUCUACUGGAGUGGCUAGGAAGCCUCACCUCGCUCACAAGUUUAAGACUUCAUUGUUGCCUAAAACUGGCGAUGUUGCCCAAUAGGCUGCAAUGCCUCACAGCACUUGAAAAGCUGGAUAUCAUGUAUUGCCCCCAGCUGGAAAGGCGAUACGAGAGGGAGAGAGGCGAGGACUGGCCCAAAAUCGCUCACAUCCCACACAUCUUCAUCAGGCAAGCCUGAAAAAGGAUAGAAGAAAGAGAAGAAGAACAUAGCCAAAGAUCUAUUACUAGAUUAAUCAAAAGGUUAAGAUUAACGAACUGCACAAGCCAUGGUUGAUGCGGCAACAGCUAGCGCCAUCCGGUGAAAUUAUGAUUGGACGAUAUAACAGCUAACCUUCUUAGGCUGAGGUUAGUUCACAGCAAUGUGAGAAGCUGAUUGACCAACCUCACAACGUUCUGAAGACUUGGUUAGCAUGCUUGAAAACCUCCAAUUGAUCCAGAAACUGUAUAUGCUUUAUCGCGCUUGUCUUGGAAAUAUAAUGCCAAAAGAAGAGAAGCAAUGAUCAGCACAAGAAUGUAUAAUUCCAAGUUGAUGGGGGACAGGUGCACCUACUACUGGCAUCUGUCAGAGACAAGGGAUGCAAUGGAAUUGUAUGUUCCAAUGUGGUUCUUGCGAUCAACUCCUUAAUUGUAGAGGCACAGGCAAUGGUUUCGGUUUAUAUAGAUGGAGAUGGACUGUGCAAAGAAAAUAGAAAGUUCAAUGGUUUGUGGAGGUGUAUGUGCAAGGAAGCAGCAAGCUUGCAAGCACACUAAUUGCAUUCUGAUAACCUGGCAGUUUGCUUUUUGCUGUGUUAUCAUAAACUUGAGAAAAAUAUAUUUGUAUACUAUAAGUAAAGUGAAGGCUUGGUAGCAUUCUUUUGCAUUGUAAGAAAAAAUAUUUUGUGCAGUAAUAGUGACAGCUUAU